AUGCUCAACAGGACCUUGGGUCUCCUCCACAAGUACUGCGCCGGCACCCUCCCCGCCUCCGCCUCCGACGUCGCCCCCUCCGCCGCCGGGCACCCCCUCCGCGCCGCGGCCGAGGAGGGCGCCGCGCGCGCGGCCGAGGCGUACGCGGCCAUGGCGCCGCACCUGGCGCUGGAGGCGGUGGUGGGGGUGGCGACGCGGGGAAACCUGUUUAUGGAGGAGGUCGCCCCCUGGACGGCCCUCAAGAAGGGCACCGAGGAGGAGCAGGCGGCCGCGGCGCGCGCCCUGGUGGCGGUGCUGGAGGCGUCGCGCAUCGUGGCGCUGCUGCUCGCGCCCGUCGUGCCGCGCGUCGCCGCGCGCAUGCUCACGCAGCUCGGCCUCGGCGGCAGCGGCGGCGGCGGCGACGGCGCGGACCCGCUGGCGGUGCUGGCGGGCGCGUCGUGGGCGGGGACGGCGUGGGGCGGGUUGCCAGCCGGGCACGUGACACCAGCGCCGGUGCCGGUUUUUGCGCGGCUGGAUGACUCGGUGCCUUAUGUCACGCAGCCGGCGCCGGGCGGCGCGGCGGCGGGUGGUGGCGGGGGCAAGGGCGGCGGCGGCCAGGGGAAGCAGAAGCAGCAGCAGAAGCAGCCGAAGCAGCCGAAGCAGCCGAGGCAGCCAAGGCAGCAGAAGGAGCAAGUUGAGGAGAAGGAGCAAGUGGAGGCUUGA